AUGGGAAGUUGGAAAUCGAAACAGUUAGCCGGCAGGAAUUUAAGUGCGCAACUUGUGUGCUUUUUUUUCCAGGACCAACAAAAUCAUGAUGAAACUGGAGGAAAUCGAUGGAGUACAGCAUAUACAGAAACAUUUUACGAAGGAAUGCGACCAGAAGAUGUUCGUUAUAUCAUUCGUCGUGAACAGGAAUACAAACUUCCAAGUGGUCUGUCUAUUCUAUGUGCUAAAGAGUUUAGUCAAUUUGAAGGUGAAAGCGAAUACAAAAUGUCGUUCACUGCUCCGUCUGUGAACAAAGAAUUGCGGGUUUCCAGUAAAAUGCCUGAAUCUACACUUAAUCAAAGUGGUGAAAUGAUCUUACAGACUGGGUAUAAUGCUGUAAGUUUUUUCCUUCAUGCUUAUUUUCUAUAUUAG